AACUAAAAUUUCCGCAACAAGAGUUGGCAUUUGUCUAUAAACGGUGUAACAAGAUGAAAUCUCUAAUUUUUGUUUUAUUAUUUGCCUUAAUUUCCACGACGUUCUCAGCUGAAAUUUCUGGAUAUUUUAGCGAUGCAGAUUUUCCUGGUGCAUGUUACUAUGAUGAUCUUCUUGUGUGGCCCGAUGACAUGGGCCAUCCAAAGAAUGGCAAAUGUGAACGUCUCUAUUGUCUAAAUGAGGAGGGUUAUGGCAAAUUAUUAAGUUGCGGCGUUUCAAAACCUCCCUUGGGCUGUAAAUUUGGUGAUGUCAUUGCACCCAAUGCCAACUAUCCCGAUUGUUGUAAAAGAGAAAUUAUUUGCUAAUAGAAUGUCAAUUUAACAAUGGCUUGACAAAAAUUGUUGAUUUACAUAUACCACAGAUGAGUUAAAAUGCCGGGACUUUAUGGAAAACUGAAAUUCCACAAUAGCCCAGUUAUCGAUGUGCGUGUGUGUGUGUAUUGUUACAAUUUAUAUAAAACAAUUUAUUUGGUUUGUAUUUCAAAUAUUAAAUGUUGUUAUAUAUUUCGAAAAAAUAAAUUCCCUUUCAAUUUAUGUGUUUGCGAAUGUGUGGGUGUGUGUGUGUUUGAGUGUGUGAGUGUGUGAGAAUAACAAAAAUAUAACACCUAUUCACACAUUCUCACGUUAAGCACCAAUUCCAGUUAUGGUCCUCCAAAAAUUGAAAUUUAAGCCAUUUCAAUAGUUUCAAUGAAAAUCCACUAGCACUUCGAAAUUGAAAAAGCACAUGCAGACAUACACCCGCACACAGAUACAACAAGUUCAUAUAUCUAAAAUUCUAAUACAGAAUUUAAAAUUAAACAAUAUCAGCCACAGUGAAUGGAGUGGUGAUUGCAAUAAAGUGAUU